AUGCUCACAUCGCCAGGCACCGCUCCUCAACGCACCUUUCUCGAUGCUGCGUUCGCUUCUGCCAAUACUCUCGUAUCUUUGGCAGAGGGUUAUACAGCUGAGGGGUUCAGCCAGGAUGGCACCCAGGUAUUCCAGUGGUUAUACGGCACCGUAGGCCUCGAUCUGAUGCGAACGAGCGUGAGAAUGAACCUGAGAGGCAUAGCGGCGAAUGCGGCGGCCGUACAAGGCGACCCCCAAGGAGGAGGCUCGACGACUGCCGAUGUUCCUGUCAGCGAGUCUUUUGUACGCAUGAUCGCCUACGAGAGGGAAGAGCCAGAGCCAAUGGGGAGAGAAGAAUCUUUGAUCCAGGUGAGAAUUCCGGAAGCUCCCCCUCCCUCCCUCCCUCCCUCCUCAUGCUUGGCUCUCAAAGUUCUGUUUCUAAUGAAAACUCAAUGUCAACUUCCAGUGACCAAGGAGUUCCUCAAAGCCAAGUUCGACUGCACUCAUGCCUUGGCCUGGACGAUCGUGCCAGACGAUGCGGACGCCAACGAGCCCGAUACCCUACAGAUCUGCCCUUGGUUCCUCGACUACGCCAUGAAGCAGUCAGCCCAGUUCCAAGGCCAGUUCAAGCCUGGCAAGAUAGCUUCCAUGAUCGCGAGCCUGAAGCUAGACAGGCUCGCGACGUGGGUGGCAUACACCCCUAUUGAUUUGUUCCAGCUAUUCGACAAGGUCAUGGUCCACGAGUUAUCACAUACGCGACGAGGCGGCGCGACGGAUGACAUUGGCGGGUUUUCGGGCUAUGGCUGGAAGAAUUGUCGCAAGCUAGCCGCCGAACGUGGAGACAAGGCGCCGCACCGGAACGCCGAUUCUAUCGCUCUGUUCGCUUCCAUCUCUGGACUAAUAAACGCGGGAGGCAUGGUCCGUGAGGAUGGCACAUUCGUCCACGGCCCCGGCGCCGCAGGUGGUGCUGGCAAUGGAGGCGGAGACGGGCAAGCAGGCGGAGGCAAGAGGAGUAUCAUGAUUCCGGACGAGAUCCGCGAGCCCGUGCCCAUGCUGGAGCCUAGACUUGAGCUGGCCCUGGAGCCUCCGGUCGCAAGUAAACGGGCCUCGCAGUUCGAUGCUUCGAGACUGAAGGGCCGCCGGCUGUUUUGA